AUGGCGCAGAUGCUGAUGGAACGAAGCAUUUCGGAGGAGGAAACAGAUCGCCAAAUGCGAAAACGUCUGGAUGGAGGUUUGCACCAAGGUGGCUGCAGCAGCCUUGGUCUAGGUGCCUUGGAGAGUUUCGGCGUGGUGGCUGUGGACAACCUGUGGCUCUGCGUGGCCAUCACCUUGGGCAUGGCGCUGGUCAUUGGCCUUGCGCAGCCCUUUGCUCAGCCGCAGAUCCUGCAGAGCGCCUGCUUCGCGUGUGCCCUGCUACUUCCUCUUCAUGCCCUGCUUCCCUUUCUGUUUGCCAAGCAAAAUGUGAAGGUUACGGCAGUGGUUAUGAAAACUGCGUGCGGCAAGGGCAACGACAUAGUGCGGUUGCGCCCUGAAAGCCAGCAAUCUUUCAAGGAUUGUGACUCAAGCGGCGCUGCCAGAGCUUCUAAAGCCUUUGCAGAAGCUUGGGCCGAAAGAGAAGGGCUGAGCAGGGGAAAAGGGACCACAAAAAGAGGGCCACAGAUGUACUCGGACUUCUCUUGGAAGGAUGCCCCGCUUUCGUCUGGAAGCGUGCCGGUCAUCACAGGUGCCUUGAUUCUAGAUACUGAUCCAUUUGACUUCAAGUUCUCACAGUCGGACCGAGAUGCUGUUGUGGCUCUUAGAGAGCAUCAGGCUGCUAGAAGUUCCACUGGACGUUUCCAAGAAGCCGCCAAGGUGAGUCGACAACCUGGCCCCUUUGGUUCAGAAGCUCAUGAAGAUGAUCUGGGAAAAUGGCAAGACUUCACUGUCAACUUCCGUGCAUGGCUGUUCUAUGGCAACAAGUUGUUUGAGCAGGACAAGACUUUGCUGGAUCAGAUCUUAGGCCUUGAAAGGAUGAGGGCCGAAUACGUUCGGGCUAGUGGAGUAGACGUUGCAGAUGAUGUGAUGCUUUCUUUACUUGUUCGCGCACUGCCUAAGGCAUUGCAACAGCACGCGCAGCUCCAGAUGAAUAGCUCAGUUCGUUUGCUGACCAGUUGUGAUGGCAUGCAUGGACCAAUUAUCGAGUUUAUGACUCUUCAGCUGAUGUUUCUCUUCAACAAUUUGCAGAUGUUUGCAAUGGUGGAGAUGAACCAUGUGCCUGUCGUAGCCCCACGUUCUGGCAUUCCUUUGCAAGCAUCUGGAUCAGCUGACGGGCCAAUGGAUGAUGUUCCAGCUGCAGAAGAGGCUGAAGACGCUGAAGUACCAGUUCCAGAAAGGGACGAGGGCGGUGAUCCCACUGAGGCGCAAGUGUUGAUAGCUUCGCAUGGAGCUAGACGAGAGCUUCAAGGGGAGAUGCAAAGGCGGUUGGACUGGUUCCUGCAACUCCUGCACUUCCUCGUUCUCUUGUAUGACUAUGGUUUGGAUGAUGAAGAAAGGGCUGACGACCUCCAGCCUGAGGCGUCGAUGACACAUGCCGAUGUUUUUAAACGUUUGACUGUUCCAUCUACAAUGUUGGAACCCAGUUUGACUGCUGUAGAACUGCUUGAACUUGAUGUGAUUGCAGAUGCGGUGGAGAUCGAGUUCAACAAAACCAAAUGCAAAACACCACAUGCACAUUUUGCUCCUGAACGCCUUGAGCCUGCCAACCACAAUGGCGAUGAGUCUCGAGACCGCCGAAGCAGUGCACCCGUUUCGUUGAUGUGGCUUCAGCUCCUGGUUGCAUUGCUCACUACGUUGCUUUGCAUGGCACUUGGAGCUUUUCUCUAUGUGUACCAGCAGAACAAGUUGCUGCGUGGUGAGUGCUCCAAGUUGCGAUGGGAUGUCAAGCUCCACAAGGUCUUUGGACUGCUCAAAAGUUACAAGGACAAAGUCUUGCAAAUCAGAUAUGGUCGCCUUGAGACUGAGUAUGACGAGGCAGAGAUUGUGGGCGAUGAAGAUGCGAUGUGCAGGUUUGGUGCCAGCAUCACAGAUGCCGCUUCGACCUCUGAAGACAUGUGCCCUUCCUACAAGCAGAUGACAUUGAACACUUGUGAAAACAUGUGCCCUUCCUACAAGCAAAUGACAUUGAACACUUGUGAAUUUCAGUUUCGAGACCUGAUUGAAUGUUUGAAGUUCGAUUCGGCCUUGAUUGCCACAUCAGUAGUCGCACUGAAGAGUCUCUAUCACUUUGACCUACAGAUGGUUAUAGCUCAACAAGUGCACAAGGACAUUUGGAAGUGGCAGAAUAGGCCAAGGGAGGCCGCCCUGGCUGCAGGUUUCCGACUGCCCAUGACGCCCACGGGGCCCCUGGCCAGUGAGCUGCUUCUGCUGUCGUGGAGGCACAGAGGCCUCGCCUUGCCCGCUUUGUCCAAAAAACGUUUUGCCAACUUCUGGCGUGACAAAGCAAAAGAAAGUAAGGCCGGUUAUUUCAGGAUUCCGGUGGAAGCCCCUUCCAGCUGUCUUGCGAGCGCAUCCUGCCUGCUCCCUACGAGCGCCAAGCGAACCAAGCCAAGUUUGGAGUACCUCUUUUUCUCCUUUUCCAAAGAGCCUUUUUGCAAGCUUCCGGUGUCAAACCUGUGUGAGAAAAGGUACUGGCGUAUGCGUGAGCUGGUGUCGGGUCGUGGCUCAUGUCGGGGCUCGGGCAUUGCCUUAAAACCCCAGUUGCGGGCAGAUCAAAGACUCUGUGUGCGAAGGCGAGCUCGGUUGCCGUCCAUUGCCGGGCAGCGGCGAAGUUUGAAGGUCUGGGACUUGGCUGGCAUCUGCAAAGCUUUGACGCCGCCGAGAAAACGGGCGUGUUGCUUGGCUGUGCUGGCAAGCUCGUCUUCCUUCUUGUCUCCCUUCUUCUCGCAGUUGGAUGCUGUGUCCGCUGGCAAACGCAAGCUGUCGUUCUUGUCUGUGAACGUUCGCCCACAAACGCUCUUGAUGCUGAAGGGCGAAUAUCCUGACAUGGACUUCGGGCAUAGAUCUUCGCUUCUGCUGGAGACCAACGAGGCGCGAAAGUGCCCUGAAGAAGUGCAGGAGAAGCUGCGAAGGCAGCUGCAGGGCCUGGGUCUCUCGGGAGAAGGCGAUCCAUGUCGUUGGAAGGACAUUGGGUGCGAGGAAUGCAUUCUUACAAAGAUUUGGAGAAGCGACAUCACCGGAGAUUUGAGUUCCGUCAAAGAGAUGACGGAUCUGCAAACUCUGCAGCUUAGGGGCUUGGUCACGGGCAACGUCGCGGAACUAUCGAAGCUGAAAGGACUCCUCGAACUUGACCUUUCGCAGACACAGGUCAUGGGCGAUCUCGCAGAGCUGUCGAAGCUGAAAAAACUCCGGCGCCUUGAGCUUUCACAGACAGAGGUCAUGGGUGAUGUAUCGGGGCUAACGAACAUGACUAUGCUCUCUGGCCUUUCCCUUGCACAGUCUCGAGUCCAUGGGAAUUUCGGCGUCAUCAGCAGCAUGCCCAACCUGGUGAAGGCCGACUUGUCCGGCACCGCGGUGUCUGGGAACCUGGAGGACUUGGAGGGUUGCUGCAAAAAGCUCCGGAAACUGCACCUUGGAGAUACACAAGUGCGGAUUUCUGGUCGUGAUCCAGUGUCGCUCCCAGCUUUGCAAUCCCUCAAUGUGAGUGGUAGCAACCUGAACGUCAGCUUCUCCGACUUGUUCUUUUCUCUGGCUCCGAAUCUUGCACUCACCAUCAUCCUUGCCAGGGGAUGUGGAAUCACGGGCGAGGUGAAACCCCCCUGGUUCUUUUCUUUGUUGUGGCGCUCUCUGCAGCUCUUCGAUCUCUCGGAAAAUCGCUUGGAUGCGGUGCAUGCCUUGCCGGCGAAGUUGAGGCUGGAUGUCUCUCACAAUGAGAUCCCUUUGCGUGUGAGCCGGGACGUCAUCAAAUCUGCGGCCAAGUCUGGGACAGACCUCUGGAUGAUGAACACAGAACUGGCAAAUAAGGAGGAAAUCAUGUCUAAUUGCUCCAGUGAGUUGCAAAUGGAAGAGAUGUGGACCCCAAGGGAGACCGGUGGAUACUCGUGCCAUGACCUCGUGCGACCCAAUAUUCGUGUCACGCCAGAGCGCUUCUUGCCUCAGCUCAUGUGUGCCUGUGGCCCAGGCCACUUUGGUUCGGGAACCAACUGCUCGAGGUGUCUGCAAAACACUUUCAACGACCAGAUGGAUCAAAGGAAGUGUCAAGCCUGCCCUGAGGGCGGCAAGGCUCCAGCUGGAUCUCAGGCCGUUUUGGCCUGCAAGUGCCCCUAUGGUACGCCGGGGACGUUCGAGAACAAGACCAUGUGCCGAUGUGACCGGGGUGAAGCGCUCAGUUCUGACCACGAAUGUCUCUCCUGUGGCAAACUGCACCUGGUUUGCAAUGCACCUGGAAGCCUUGUAGCCACAGCGCCCUUGGAGCAGGGCUACAUCCGCUUGAAGGAGCCUUCGGAAGAGAUCUUCGAAUGCCUUGAUCGUCAACAUUGCAGGAACUCCAGUUGCGCACCAGGACGCGCUGGCCUACUGUGCGCUGCAUGUGCACAAGACUAUCGUGCAAGCAAGAACGUCUGCGUCGAAUGCAAGAACGUUUCGUUGGAGAAGAGACUUUCAAUCGGAUUGGGCUGCGCUACCAUGCUGGUGAUAGUGGCUGCCGUAGCAUGGAUACUGAGGCGCCACGUGCCACAGCUGAGCCCUCGCAGCGAGUGCCUCCUGCAGCUGAUCAUAGCGCAGCUAGCAGCGCUGCUGCAGCUGACGCAGCUCUGGACGGUGCUCGGUGAUCCACUGCUUGGAUACCUGGAAGCUUUGCAAUUCACCAGCUCCGAAGUGCAAAACUUCUUGGCUCUGCAGUGUCUUCAUGACGGCGUCACCGUUCGUUCGAUGUUUGCCCUCGCUACGCCGCUGGUUCCUUUGCUGCUGCUGAUCGCCUGUGGCUGCGUGGAAGUUUUCUCGCGUGGAUUGGGCAUCCGCGUUGGGCUGAAGAUGCUCACGGUGCUUUUCAUCGGUGGUGCCUCUGGCAGCGCGCAGCUUUUAGGCUGCCAGCGAACAGAUGGUGCAGGCACGCCCUUGAAGGAGUUUGCCUUCCGCCCGCUUUUUCCACACAACCGAUGCAAAGAAGCCCUGUGGGUGGAUAGGAUUGGCUGGACCACUUCCAUUUGCUACGGCCUCUUCAUCCCCUGCUUCCUGGGGUUUCUGUUCGCCAAGCAGAAUCUGGUCAUGCGAAAGGUCAAGACUGUGAUGCCGCAAGCUGUGCGUGACCAGGGACAGGUCGCAGUGCGCUUGCAAGGUCCUCAAGGUGAAGAACCUUUCAAGGACCACAUGGAAGCACCAGAGUUCACCAGUGAAUUGAAAGAAGGGGACGCCAUGUUGGCCAAGCGCCUAGCAGCUGCGACAGCCGCAUAUGUUGCGGUGCACGUGAAGGGCCGCGCGGUUGCGGAAUUGCAGAAGGAUGCUGUGAUGCUUGGCCGAAGGGCCGAGAACAACGUCCCUGAGAGCAGAGAAGAGGUGCGCUUCCAAACCAUCAGCUUUGGCAUCGAGCCUCCCCUCAAGGUGGGCCCAGGACUUUCCGCGCAGGCCGAAUUGGAAGACGUCCUGACACCGGAGGACGUGCAGCUGCCCUGCCAGCGAGAGCGUUGUGGAAAGCGCUUGAAGCGCAUCCUCUUCAUGUUUCUGUCCCCUCCGGUGGCUGCCACACUGCUGGGUAUCCUGGUGGCUUUCAUUCGGCCGCUGCAGAACCAGUUCGUGAAUCUCAACGACUGGACCCUCCCAGAUAAGCGCGCCCUGGACUGGGCUUACAACGCUAUCCGCACCUUAGGUCAGGCGGCUGUGCCGGUGAACCUGCUGAUGUUGGGCUCCAACCUGUCCAAGGGAGCAGAUUUCAGAGCACUGCCCGUGGGUAUGGCCAUUGGUUUGACUCUGACCAAGAUGUUGCUGCAACCUGCGGUCGUCGCAUUCUUCGUCUUCUGCGUGUCCCGGCUGAUGCCGGGACCCGUGCAAACGGGGAAGUGGUUGGUGGCCAUUGUGGUGUCCUUGACCCCCACGGCCAACAACAUCAUGGUGCAGGUGGAGGUGGGUGGCCAGGACAAGGCUGCUAUGACGACGCUGAUUUUUAUCCAGUAUUUGAUGUCACCCAUCCUGCUCACCAUCUCACUGACAGCCACCAGCGCGCUAAUGCAAGUGGAUGGCUUCCUUGGCCACGCAGCUUCCCCCGAUUUCCAUGCGCAGUUUGGAAUUUGAGCCAUGCGGCAGUGAAUUCGGAUGUAACCUCUGCAACCUGUACAGCAGAGCAAGGAUGCGCCUCCGCAGCGAUUCGAUGGUCCUCAGAGCUGACUGCCCGGUGAAAGCUCAUAUAUCGUCGCCGACCGGGCCGACCGUGACUUUGACUGGG